AUGGCAAUAAAAUCCAAUAAAACACCAAAUCCAACGAAUUUUUAUUCAACUUGGCAACGGUGCCCAAGAAUAAUUGUCGUCACCCGCGCAGCCUUCCCCUUAACCACUUUUCCAAAUAAAAUAAAAAUAUUUACCUCAAUUUUGUAUGUGCGUGCCUAUAAACAAAAUUAUUUAAUUUGCAUAUUGUUCAAUAAAUAAAAAAAUGUUUAUUAUAACACCUACUUUUAGAUAUUGUUUUUAAUUGGCGGCACCUGUGUCGAAACCACAAAAACCAAACCAUACAGGAUUAUACUGAAGGAGAUUAUAAUGGAAACAAAUCACAAAAAUCGGCAAGAAAACAGGCCAUUGAAAUGAAUUUUAAAUCUAUUUUUAGCCUUUCGGACUGCAGACAAACCAGUUUUGAUUUUAUAAUAAAAAAUAAUGUAAAAUUAGGUUAAAAUCCUAGUUAGUCAUUUCAAUGACGGUCAGGUUGGUGUCCCAAAGCAAAGCCCUACACUGCUACUUAUUAUUGAGUCUUUGGAUUUUACUAGUCAUUGCUGGUGUUUACAAUUAUUUCGAUUGGCAUAAGAACGACUCAGAGUUUCUGCUGCCUGCUACCACUGAGUUGUUUCAUAAUUUAGGCAUUGCAGGAGUUAAAACGAAGAGAAUCUUUAGGAUAUGUAACUUUCCAGAGGAAAUUUACCAGGGGGAAGAAGGGAUUCUAGACAAUAAAAAAUGGCUACUAAAAGGUUUAAUAGUACUAAUCAGGCAUGGUGACAGAGGGCCUCUACAACAUGUAAAAAGCAUUUCAUCGAUCAACUGUAACACUGAAGAAACUGAAACUUUAAAAUCCUACAAAUCUUACUUGUACAACUUAACUGUAACAGGAAAACUCCAAUGGACAGGUCCGGGUCCUUUUCACAGUUUUCCAGUGAUCCCACACAAUCCAGAGCAGUGCCACCUUGGCCAGCUAACAAUGCAGGGGGUAAGCCAACAUUUGAAUUUGGGUAAAAUGUUAUUGAGGAGCUACAGAGACAUUUGGCCUAAGUUAAAGACCCUUAGGCCUGAUGAGGUGCUAGUCCAUAGCACCAGAUACCGAAGAACUUUUCAGUCAGCUCUGGCUUUUCUUUAUGGGUUUAUUAAUGGCGAGACAUUAGCUAAAGUUAAUGUGUAUGAGAGUCAGUCAAUGAAUUUCUGCUUUAAGGAUUGCGAGUGUCCUAUUACUGAUCAUUUGAAGAAGCUUGUGCAAAAGAGUGACUCGCAUCAACUUAAAUCCCAUCCAGCUAUUGAAACUUUAGCCCAAACCACUGGGAAAUUGCUGUUUUCCAAUGAUGCUGAGCACAAGUCUCUGUUAAAAGACCCAUACGUUAUUAGAGAUGCUUUAUUGACGUUUGUGUGCCAUAGGAGUGGUUUGCCUUGUGACAGUCCCACCGAUUGCAUAAGGAAGCAACAGGUUGCUGGGAUAAUCGCCUUCACUGACUGGGCCAAUUAUCAAAAAUGGAAAAAUCUGCACUGGAAAAAGUUGUGUUUGCUGAGGUCUUACGGACAUAUGAGGCAUAUUGUUCAACAGAUGCUUCAUAUGGUUGGUUCUAAUGGCCCUAAUCUAGUUCUGUAUUCCGGCCAUGACUACACCCUCCUGCAGCUCACCGCUGCCCUUGGAUUGGUCAAUGAUCCGUUACUGCUACGAUACGCCUCCCGAUUAGUGUUCGAGGUCUAUCAGGACAACCGUGAAACUAAAAGUGACGAGAAAGGCAUCUAUUUCCGUCUACUCUCGAACGGUAGAGAUGUUACCAGACAAAUCGGGUUCUGUCGAAAUGUUAUCGGUGCAGAUCGAAAAAAUGCUUUAUGUAAAAUCGAGGAUAUCGUGAGGUUCUUGCACGAUGACUAUUUCAGUUCUUUGAACGUUUCGAAUUUUAAGGACGCCUGCGUUAGGAAGAGCCAGAGGAGUUUUGAGGGGGAUUUCUUCCAGUUUCGCUAGAUCCGUACAGUUUGCAUCCAAUUUUUGAAGAAGUGUCCUUUGUUUGUGCACACGUCUUUUAAGAAUAUUACCAUGAUUGAUAAAAAUUAUGUCAAGAAUAGUGGAAAAAUACAAGAAACGUUCUUAGGGGAGAGUGGGGCAACUUCGACAUGUUAAGGUUUACGGGCUUUUAAAAAUAAUUUGGUGGUGCAGAAAAAUUUUUUUUUUAUUUAAACAUAGUUUGGACACUUCUUUAUUAGGCAAAAAACAUUUAAAACCAAAAACUUAAAAAGUAACUCAUAAAUAUAUUUUUUGUUAUUAGUGCCAAAUGACAAACUUGCCCCCACAUCUAUGGGGCAAAUUGGACAAUGCAAUUGUUAUGGAAAAAAAAAUUUCUACAUAAAUCGCAACAAAAAGUGCCUGUUUUUUGUUCAAAAUCUGUGCAAUCCUCAUGAGCCCAUAGAAAGCAUUCACAGCAUUGAAUCCAGUUAUCUUCUGUCCAUAUUUUUCACAAUAAUAAAUACAGAAGGUGUCACUUGCAUCCUCUUGACUGUUUUGAGAUUGGUUGUUUUUUCCUUUUAUUUUUUUUUCUUUCAGCCUCUUGCGUGUUUCCUUAAUUUCUUUUUACGGAUUUUUUUUCUUUCUGGAUAGCUAGUUUCAUUUUAAGUUCGGAUUUAUAAGGAGACGACGUGAAUUCUUCUGAUUUUUCCUGUUUCCUUUUAGGUUUUAUUGGGUCCAAAUUUUUGGGUUUCGGCAAAGGAGACCAUUCGGCAAAUAUCACUUUUCUAUUUUUUUUCCCUCUAAGUAUACCACGUUGACUACCGUAAUGUUGAAAAAAAAUAAGUUCCUCCGACCAACUUUUUUUUCUUUCAAAAGUUAUUUGUGGUGUUCUAGAACACUCAUGAAUAUUUUGUUUUACAAAAAAAUAUGUUAUUAGAAACGUUUUGGUAAAUUUUUUAUAAGACUCUUCGUAUGGUCAUCCGUAUUAGGCAUCCUUUUUUCUCCGAAUGCACAAGUUCGGAAUAAAACUUUAUAAGCUGUGCAUCGAAAAGGGAUAUACUUACAGUAUGUUGAUUUAUUGUAAGCAAAAUCGGGUAGAGGGCCAAUCAUCACAAAAAGUAGUACUCAGUUUUGCAAAUGACUUACUUGACAAAGGACGUAUUAUUGUUACAGAUAAUUAAUAUACAAGUGUGGUUUUGGCACAUGCUCUACUUGUCAGGAACACUCACUUAGUUGGCACUCUUUGAUGAAAUCGAAAAAUGAAUCCUAAGCAAAUUGUUAACAAAAAGGAGACACCGAGGCAGCUGAAAGCACCUCAGGUAUAAUUGUCCAAUAGUGGAAGGAUCAAUCCGCAAAACACACUGAUGAGUUAGUAACUAUGAUAAAGAAUUCCGAAAACCUGCUGCGAUUGUUGACUACAACAAACAUAAAGCCUACAUUGAUCUUUCGGAUCAAAUUAAGUCUUACACCACUUCAUUACGCAGAGGGCUGAAGUGGUACCCUAAGCUUGCUAUUGAGCUUCUUAUUGGCAGUGCUUUAGCGAAUGAAAAACUGUCCAUCACAAAGUUCAAGCAGGAGAUCGUAAACAGUCUCUUAGAUCUUGAUAUUGAACAACCCAGGUAAUAUGUUCCUUUGGAAGAGCGUCAACCUUAUAACAUGGAAAGCCUUGCAAUUUUCUAAGGCGUCAACAUUCCUUGGAAGAUGUUGGUAACAGACGUCGAUGCAUUAUUUGUUAUCAAAAGCGUCAAAGAGAAUCUGGACACUUUUCACGUACAUAACUGUAACAAAUAAUGUUUGAAUUUGCAUGUAUUUCGUUUAUUUUUUAGCUUUCUUGCUUUUAUGCUGUUUUUUAAUCAUAAAAAUGUUUAUUUUCUAUACAUUUUGAUUUUAUGAUCCACUUUCGAGUCUCAAAUUCAAAAACCAAAACUAGUGUCGGACAGUUGCAGCCGCACUCUUUCAGUUCCAUAUAACUUAUAUAGGACUGAUACGCCCAUCAAGGCUCACACGGCUAUAGUACACAAUUACCUCUGAGACACUAUAGAUAUGUCACGCGGCUAUUAUUGAAAGUAACAUGAGGCACCACAUUAAUUAUGUCUCACGGUAGUGAGAAAAUAGUGUGUGGUCUUUGAAGUUCCAGGCUGUAAAUUUAUUACAUAAUGAUUUAUCGGGUAUGCAGCAUCUUUAUUUUGAUUGCUAGAGUCCUCUGUGAUAAGUUGAAUUGAUACGUUACCACCUUUUUCUUGCACUGAUUUGUUUUUAGUAAUAUCAACGCUUCUUUUUUUAUAUUCUAACCAUACUCCACACCCUAAAAACAAAAACUAAAAUCUUUAAUUAUACUAUCUGAGGCAAGUUCGUCAGUGUCAAAGGUACCCCAUGUCGAAAUUGCCCUCCUAUGCAAAUUUUAUUAAAACUUGUAAAAACAUUAGACAGAAGCUUUACUUACUGAGUAUUAACAGUUAAUUCCAAACACGAAGAGUCAAAAACACUUUUAAGAAGAAAAAAAAAGAAAAAUAAUCCAAUUUUUUAACAAAAAUCUUACUUAAAUAAAACUCAAUGCUUACAUCAAAAUAUUAAAAUACGUGGUAUUUUAGUUUUGCGCACAAAACUGCACACCUCUCUCAAGACCUAACAGGCAACUAAUAUACCUUUACGAUCGUUGGACGAGCUAGUGCGUGAUAAAAAAUCAAAAACCAAUUCCUAGUAAAGUUUAUUGACAAAGAUUCCCCACCUGUCGAAUUUGCCCCACUCUCCCCUAUAUAAAAUUAUUGGGCAAGAAAGAGGAAUAUCAAUCAUUUCGUCAAAAUGUUUUCAGAAAUAAUGGAAAUUUCCUGAAAAAAUGCCUCAACCAAAAGUGCUCUAAUUAUCGUAAUACUUAGUGGUACUAGGUAAAAUUAUCGUAAAAUGACGUUUUUACCCUCAAAUCCAUCCUUAGGAACUCCUUUAUAUUUCUAUAGAAAAAUGGAAAUAUUCCCAGUCAUUUGUAAACUGUCCCUUAAUGAACCAAAAUUCUAAUUAUGCAAAUGCCUCUAACUACUACUAUCUGGACUUAUUGGGACUAAAACCAAUUCAAGAAUAACCCGUAUUUUUAAAAAUGAAGCAUUUACUUUGAUGUUGGUAGAAGUAAAAGGUAUUGCUCUGUUUGGUAUUCAUAAUCUCUACCUUUUCCUUGCAAGCAAAUGCUUCGGGAAAAUAAAGUAAAGGGUACGGAGAUUAGCGAUUUCGACAAGAUCUGACUUGCAGCGUGCUUCCACGCGUAUGUGGUCUGUAUCUGAUGGGGUUGAUCUUAUUCGCCUCAUAAUUAAAAGCAGUUGGCACCUCAAUUGAUGUUAAGAAGAUUCAUCUAACUUAUUUGUGCAGCUAUUUUAAAGUGAAUAAAAUAUUUAAAAUGACUGACACCGAUAGUGAACAGGAAGUUACCGAAGAUGCCCCUAAACAGAUGAUGUUUAUCGCUGAAAAAGUUCCAGCGAUGAGAAAGAAGAACUGCUGCAUUAACUGAUAUCGUUAAGGAAUACGUUACUUUAUUUGGCAAGGAGAUGGAUAAUAAAGCUUUUAUGAACAAAAUGAAAACGCGACUGAAAAAUAAAACUGGCAAAAAUAAAACAGGGAACAAGCCUAUUCGUCUUUUGUCCUGGGAGACAGUUAUGUUAAAAGCUAUGGAUGCGGACAUAAAUCCUGUACUAGGUCGGGUACCAGGGGCUCUUGCAAUUGGCGUGGCAAGUCAACCUUCUUUACCUACUUCAAAGGAUGACAUUAUGGUGGAAAACGACGCUCAUCAGAUCAUUAUGCCUCAAGUAGUAGCUAACAAAAAGCGAUCCUACACAUGGGUUGAAGAGGUUGCUGAAAAAAAAUUCCUGCGAAGCCUACCUUUGCUUCGGGCAAACAAGAGUCUGACGAGACGAGGCAGUUAACGGCAACGAUUAGUUUUAGUUGAACAACUGAAAGUUGCUCGUUUCCAACAACAAUAUUACUCUGCCAAGCUAAAACAUUUAAACGAGACAUCAAACAAAAAAACCCCUCAAGAGUAUGUUGUUGUUGGAGAUAAUAUUUACCCAAACUAGUAAAUAGACAUAUAUGUAAUAUGUAUCAUUUAUAACAAAAAAAAAUAAUUAAACGUUUUUUUCCAGUUCAAA